CGGAAGUUGGUUCAGAACGUUGAAGAAAACACCAGCGAAAGAUGUUAAAACGUACAUUUCUGUUUUAGAUGGCAGCAAGAGAGAAACAAGGUUAUCUAGGUAACCUUGAUGAAAAGACUUUGCCAGAAUUGAAAGAAUUGCUACAAAGACAGCAGAAGAUUCUUUUAAAAACUCAAUUUGUAGCAAACCUUCCCGACAAAGGAGAAAAGAUAAAAAAAUUCAUACAGAAAUUGACACAUCUGAUCAACCAAAGAACGGAAUCUUCAAACAUUGCGCCUUCCACCCAACCUGUAGCCGUUGUCAAACCAUCCGCGUUUGAAUCUCUCAGGGACAAGAGUACGAUCACACCACACACAGCUGACGGUCACGCUUGUGUUGAGAAGGAACAGGAUAUGAUGGACAUUGCGGACGAUUUGAGCAGGGAGUUUGAGAGAAUAGCCGUGUCGACAGAACACGCUGGUAAAGAGAAUCAUAACAGCAACGAGUCCGGUACUUACGUGAACAGCUACAAAAGAGUUAUUCUUAAGGCAGAUCAGAGGGAGAAGAGAACAGUGUUUAAACCAAGCAGUACACUGAAAAUAUCUGAUAUUAACAAACUUCCUGAUCAUUACAAGUGUAAAUCCCGAUUCAAACAGCAACAGGAGAAUCAAAUGCAGACGGAAUCAUCUUCUGCAGUAGAUACAUUUGAGAAAUAUUCCAGUGUAGUGUUCCCACAUCACAGAUAUGUUGUGAGAAUGGACAUGAACAGUACAGAUGGUCAGACGAACCCGGCCCAGUCUAGAGUGGCUGACGAAUCGGCUGUUAAUCUUCCACAUUACCAAUUCAAUUCCACUAAGAUGAUCUCUAUCGAGGAGUCGAUAAAACUAGUGGAUGAGCAGAGGAAAAAACAGGAGGAGAUUCAAACAAGGCACGCAGCUGAUCGCUUGGCAGCGCAACUACACAUCAAGAUGGAUAACUACAACCCAGAGGGAACAGACAUGAAGUAUCGUAAGGAAGAUUCGAAUACGGACAGUGAUGAUGAGCCAGAGCAAACUGGUUAUGACAGUGAUGGAUCAACAUGAAGGGGAAAUCAAAUUGUUCUAAAAUGAAGAAAAACGUUAUUCCAAUGUACCGUUAUGUGAACACUUUGUGUUACGGGUAUGGAGUAAACACCAUGUGAUAUAUUAUAAAGGAUGUUCUUCAUAUUGAUCUCUGUACAAAUAAAAAGUGAAAUUUGCAUAUGUCAAGAGGUCAUUUUGCUAUGUAAACUAUGUUACUAGUCUUUGUGUCACUGAAAGAUUUUUUAUAUAUACAAGAAACUGGAUAUCAGAUUUGUUAAACAAUAUUUUUUCUUAUGCAAAAGUAAUCAAGCUGGUACUAACAAAAUUGAGUUUUGAUAAUAUAAGUCAUUGGGGAUUGCUGUUAUAAAACAAAUUGCAUUCACCAAUUUUUGGACAGACAUGGAUAAUUGUGCAACUGGUUUUUUUGGAGAAUUAAAUCUUCAUUUUGAGCAAUAAUCAUGUAUACCAAUCCUGGAAUUAAUGUGGAAGGCAUUUCCUUCUAUCUGUGAUAAAACUGUUCUGAUCUUCAUAAUGUGGUGUCCUGAUCAGGUAAGACAACAAUUUUAGGUUACAAAGAAAGUAUUUUGUUUAAUUGUGGCCUAUGCAAAAAUGGUCUUAAUACUGAAUUUUUGCUAAUUGUGUUGUAAAUUUCUUGUUCAGAAUUGUGCAGCAUCUUAAAAUUAUGUCAGCAAGUGGAAUCUUAGAAAAUUCUACUUUGACCUGGAUGAAAUGUGUGCAAUAAAUGAGAACUAGGUUGUUAA